AUCGAUUACUCCGCGGUCACACUGUUACUCGGGCUAAAAAAACAAGUUUGUACUUGAAAAGUACGGCGUAUUUCCACGACGAAGAACGCAACCGCCCGCCAAGUGAACGCCCGAUGCAGCAGCGAUCCGCUCGAGGAUUGAGCCCGGAAUCCGGAGGAAUCCCGGCGAGGAUGUGAUGUGCGCACUGGGCCGUCUCCGCUGGUCGAUAUAAACUCGUGCCCCGUCUCUUCUCCGUUCUCCGCUCGCCCGCUGUCCAGUGUCCACUGUCCGACGCCCGCUUCUCCUCACCCUCCUGCCCAGCCGAUCCCGAUCCCCGGGGCAACUCAUCCCCACUGCCUCUGCCGGGAAGUCCCGCAGCAGUGGCUAGUUUCGCCAAGGAGCACGAGUGGCAGCACCAGGGAACCCGGGAAGCGCCAGGAAACCGGGCCGGAAGUCGGGAAUCUGAGGCAUCUUUGCCAGAACGCACCCCAGAUACCUUGGCCGGGAGCCCCGAUCCCGGGAACGGGAUAUCAAGAACCACAGGAGCCCAUUAAGGAAACUAACGCAAAGCUACCCCGGGUGUUGUACCGGGAACCCACUGGGUUUCAGACACAAGCCUGAAACUAAGCAACGCAUAGGGAGACAGUCUGAUGCCUUAAUUGCCAAGACAUUCGGGACUCUUGCCGAAGAGCCUAAACCUAAGAAAUAAGAAUAACCCAACCGAAAACUGUGGUAUCCCAAAGGGAAAUAUAGGAAGCCGCAUCUGAGAGGCCGGGCAGGAUCACCAGGAUCCCGGGGAGAUGGCCACCGCAUCGCUGGACGCACUGCAGGCAGCCUAUGUGGACUUCAGCGAGCUAACACUCAGAGAGAAAGUCGGUCAUGGGUCCUACGGGGUGGUCUGCAAGGCGGUCUGGCGCGAUAAGCUGGUGGCCGUUAAGGAGUUCUUCGCCAGCGCCGAGCAGAAGGACAUCGAGAAGGAGGUGAAGCAGCUGUCGCGCGUGAAGCACGCGAACAUCAUUGCUCUACACGGCAUCUCCUCGUACCAGCAGGCCACCUACCUGAUCAUGGAGUACGCCGAAGGUGGAUCGCUGCACAACUUCCUCCACGGCAAGGUUAAACCGGCGUACUCCCUGGCCCACGCCAUGAGUUGGGCUCGCCAGUGCGCAGAGGGCCUGGCCUAUUUGCAUGCCAUGACACCGAAACCCCUGAUCCAUCGCGAUGUCAAGCCGCUGAACCUGCUGCUGACCAACAAGGGGCGCAACCUGAAGAUCUGCGAUUUCGGAACGGUGGCCGACAAGUCCACCAUGAUGACGAACAAUCGCGGCAGUGCCGCUUGGAUGGCUCCCGAGGUCUUCGAGGGCUCCAAGUACACGGAGAAAUGCGACAUCUUCAGCUGGGCCAUCGUGCUGUGGGAGGUCCUGUCCAGGAAGCAGCCCUUCAAGGGCAUCGACAAUGCCUACACCAUCCAGUGGAAGAUCUACAAGGGUGAACGUCCACCGCUGCUGACCACCUGCCCCAAGCGCAUCGAGGACCUGAUGACCGCCUGCUGGAAAACGGUGCCCGAGGAUCGCCCCUCGAUGCAGUACAUAGUGGGCGUCAUGCACGAGAUCGUCAAAGACUACACGGGGGCGGACAAGGCCCUGGAGUACACGUUUGUUAAUCAACAGAUUGUCACCAAAGAGAGCGACGGCACGGUGGCCGCUCAAUCGGAUAGCCUCAGUUCGCAGGAGGAGGAACUGAGCCCCUCGUCCACACAGUUAACACCGACAACGGCGGCCAACGCCAAUGUGAACGCGAUAGCAAUAACAGAAACAACGACUAGCUCAAUGACCGAAAAUACCUCAUCAACAUCAUCGGACAUCACGCCGACGAAUUCGGGCCAACUUGACAAUAAUCCGCUAUUCCACAUGGUCAGCAAUCGCUGGGACGCGAUUCCCGAGGAGGAUAGCAACGAGAGCCGAAAUGACAGCUUCAACCUCACCUCGUCGGCGGAGGCCACCCAGCGCCUGGAGACGAUCCGCAACGGGAUGAUCCUGAUGGCCUGCAAGCCCAUGGAGCAGCUCACCCUCGACGUGGAGCCGAAUGGCUUCGACCUGAGUCGCAGCGAGAGCGGCAGCAGCAGCACGCACGCCAAGAGCGAUGGCCGCGAGCGACUCACGGUGACGGACACCAAGCCGGUGAUCAUGACCACGGAUCUGACCAACAACAACAACAGCCACGCCCUCUCGAACGGCCUGCUGAGCCAUGCGAAUGGGCGGCAACUGACGGAGGAGGAGCAGCAGGAGCAGGAUCAGGAGGUCGCCAACUCGCUGGACGUCGCCGUGGAUCCCGACGAGGACGAGAACGACGGCACCGAGCAGUCGCUGGCCGAGAUCCUCGACCCGGAGCUCCAGCCCGAGCCGCCCAUUCCCAACGAUGCCGAGUCGCAGCUCAUCUACCGGGAGCACCGGCACAUGGCCAAGGAGUACCUCAGCGUCGACACGAACCUCUACUACGCGCAGGACUUCAAGGACAAGCUCAUCGUCCAGAUGGACCGCACCGAGCGCGAGCAGAAGCAGGAGCUGCUGCGCAAGAUCAAGGACAAGGAAGGCCUGCAGAGUCUGUACAACAACCUGCAGCAGCAGUACGAGCGGCUGCCCGCCUCGCGCCAGCUGUCCGCCGGCCAUCACUCACAUCCGGCGUCCCACGCCCACCCGCAUCCGCAUUUGCACGGCCAGCAGGAGGAUGUCGGAGGAGGACUGCUGCCGGGCUCGCUGACCGGAGGAGGCUCGGAGUCCGUGGAAGAGGGUUGGGUGGUCAUCCAGCCGCAUCCCAACGCGUAGUCUCCGCAACCGCCGCUUAGUCUCUUUACGUCUUAGGCUAGUGCUGUAACCUCUAAUCUGUAAACCGUAAACCGUAAACCGUAAUCCGAGGUCCGUACUCGGACAUCUUUAUCUGUAUCGUUAGCCAUAGCACUGUGUUUAUUUAUAUUUCGGACGCGUCUGUUCGUUCUAAGCGUUUUUUUAAUUAUCUCUAAGCGUCUUAGUCCGUGUUUCUUUUAAUUUAGCAAACGACCUCUUCACCCAUAGGCAUUCUCUGACACUUAACUUAGGUUUUAAUUGUACUGUUUAUAUACACACAUACUUAGCAUACACACGUAUCUGUCCGAGGAAGCUGACAAGGAGUAGACCAAAAAAAUAUAAAAACCAUCGAAAGCAACGAA